AUGAACACCCCCGCGUCUCCCCUCGGUACCCUAGGUCGAAUCCCUCUUGAAAUACGACGCCAGAUAUACGAAGAAGUAUUCGCAAACGGCUAUCUAAUUGCACACACGGAGCGCCUACCAGGCUUUACACACAAGGAGAUGAGACUGAGCAUCUUGGAAGUGUCAAGAACGAUACAUGCAGAAGCUAUUACAGAACUCAACAAAUCUUGGACGGCCAAACAAGUUUUGAUAGAGCUGCGAUACUGCGAGGACUUCAACUUUGGCGCCAUUGCCCCUGGAAAGGAUUUGUCAGCUAUCAGGGAUGUCAAGAUCAACGUUUGUGCUGACUCCCUUCAAAUUUUUAAGAUAUGGUAUUUCAACCACUCGCAACGAUCGCCAACAAUUCGACGGAUGCACCAUCCUUUCGCAGAAGACUGGGAGAUUCGGUGGAGGAUGUCUUUCGUUAUGAUGAUAAACGGUUUAGGAAGCAUCAAGAAAUGUGAGAUUUCUUUCAUCCUCAGCAAAUUUAAAGAACAAACUUUUCCAGAAGUCUCCCUACACCGGAUCUUGAAAGAGGAAAUGUUUAUGCCGCUCAAAAGUCUAGAGCAGGUCACAACUACAGUCGAUUGUUGUAAUUGGCAGGAUGCAUCACCCUCCUCAUCGGAAGCAUGGGGAGAUGGAACCCCCGACCCGUUUUUCAUGGCGAUGGUACCUAGAUUUAGGAAGACAUUCAUGUUAUACUUAGGGGAAUGCACAAGUAUGAGGGUAGAGGAACCUUCCAACAAGCCUUUUUUCUCCAGGGCCUUCUUUCACUUCCAUCCACGUGCAAGCGGCAUGCACAAGGUUCAACCCUGGAGUGUUCAGUUUGUGCAAAACCAUGGGCCUUGA